UGGUGUUACUAGACUGAAAAAUAUCACAAAAUGGCGACUAGCGGAAGUCUAUUUUCUCUGUCUUUUUGAUAACUUGACACACGUGCCGCGUGGAGUUUUACCUCGCAGCACGAUGGUUGCGACUACAGAAAAGAAGGCUGCGGCUACCGACAAGAAGGCUGCGGCCGAGAAGAAGCCCGUCAAAGGGAAGGAAGACAGUAAGAAGUUGCCUGCUGUACCAGAGUCAGUGCUCAAGCAUCGUAAGAGGAGAGAGGCUCUUCGCACUAGGAGAUUACAGGUUACGCUAAAGAGGCGUUCUUCUGCCAUCAAGAAGAAGAGGGAAAUCUUCAAGAGGGCUGAACAGUACGUCAAAGAAUACCGCAUCAAGGAACGUGAUGAAAUCAGACUAGCCAGACAAGCACGCAAUCGCGGCAACUACUACGUUCCUGGGGAAGCCAAAUUGGCAUUUGUCAUCCGAAUCCGUGGUAUCAACCAAGUUUCACCUAAGGUCCGUAAAGUUCUGCAACUGUUUAGACUGCGCCAAAUAAACAAUGGUGUGUUCGUACGUCUGAAUAAGGCUACUGUGAAUAUGCUACGUAUCGCCGAGCCUUACAUUGCUUGGGGAUACCCCAACUUAAAGAGUGUCCGUGAGUUAGUAUACAAACGUGGAUUCGCCAAGCUGAGUGGGCAACGUAUACCAAUCACUUCCAACAGCAUUGUUGAGAAGAGGCUCCACAAACACAACAUUAUCUGUGUUGAGGACCUCAUCCAUGAGAUCUUCACUGUUGGAGAAAAGUUCAAGUACGCGAGUAAUUUCCUGUGGCCCUUCAAAUUGAACAAUCCAACUGGUGGCUGGCGCAAGAAGACCAUUCAUUACGUCGACGGCGGAGACUUUGGUAACCGCGAAGACAAGAUCAACGAUCUUCUCAGGAGGAUGGUUUAAAUAAAUAGAUUUAUAAUUGUA